AUGGCUGCCAAUGAAGAAGGACCGGAACUCAUGAUCCAUGAAGACAAUCAGUCGUGUAUCAAGAUGACGAAGAACCCAGUCAACCACGGCCGUGCCAAGCACAUUGAUAUCAAGUACCAUCACAUCCGUGAUGAGGUCAAGCGCGGUGAAGUGAAGCUCGAGUAUUGCGAGACUUCCGUGAUGAUGGCGGACAUCAUGACGAAGGGACUUCAUGGACCACGCCACAAGGAGAUGACGACGGCUCUCGGGAUUCGUGAGCAUUCGGAUUGA